GCAUGCAUUUCCACACACAGCCCUCGAUCACAACAACAAUCAAUCGAUAUGGCUUCUUCCAUGCCUUGCCUUGUCCUACUCUUGGGCAUGGCCUGCCUUCUGCAGGCAUCACUAACCACGGCCGCCGACCCGCCGCAGCGGCCACCAUGGGAGCUGCCGGAAUCCGAGAUGAGGGCCAGGUGGUCCAGGUGGAUGACCAAGUACUCGAAGCGCUACUCUGGCCCCGAGGAGAGGGAGAAACGGUUCCAGAUCUUCAGCCAGAACGUCAACUCCAUCGGCGCUUUCGCCAGCCAGACAACGGUUAACGCUGUUGUCGGCGGAUUCGGGCCCCAGACCAUCACCACGGUCACCGUCGGCAUGAACAGGUUCGGCGACCUCAACCCCAGCGAGGUCGUCGCGCAGUUCACAGGUUCCAACAACACCGGCUUCAUCCCGGAAGCUCCAACCUACCUCCCCAACGAUGACUCACGGAAGCCAUGCUGCGUCGACUGGCGCUCCCAGGGUGCCGUCACCGGCGUCAAGUUUCAGGGCACUUGCUUGUCUUGCUGGGCGUUUGCGGCGGUGGCGGCCAUCGAGGGCAUGAACAAGAUCAGGACCGGUGAGCUGGUGUCGCUCUCGGAGCAGCAGCUCGUGGACUGCGACACCCGCAGCAGCGGGUGCAGCGGUGGCCGGUCCGACACCGCGAUGGGCCUCGUGGCCUCCCGCGGCGGCAUCACGUCAGAGGAGAGGUACCCCUACAGCGGCUAUUCCGGCAGCUGCGAGGUGGACAAGCUGCUGUUCGACCACCAGGCGUCCGUCACAGGGUUCAAGUCCGUGCCGCCCAACGAUGAGCGGCAGCUGGCACUGGCCGUGGCGCAGCAGCCUGUGACGGUGUACAUCGACGCAAGCGCAUGGGAUUUUCAGUUCUACUCCGGCGGCAUCUACAGUGGCCCCUGCUCCGUCGAGGCCAAUAGGGUGAACCACGCCGUCACCAUCGUCGGCUACUGCGAGCAGUUCGGUCAAAAGUUUUGGAUUGCCAAGAACUCGUGGAGCAACGACUGGGGCGUCCAGGGAUACAUCUACCUCGCCAAGGACGUCUACUGGCCCACGGGCACCUGCGGCCUCGCCACCUCGCCCUUCUACCCAACAGCUUGAUGUUCCACACCCACCGCCAUGCCUACGCACGUAGGGCUUUUGCGCGCAAUAUUCGCUUAUGUUAACUGCAUCGUUCGGAUGGACAGACGGUUAAGAGUGGUCGAUGGAUGUGUGUGUAGUAGUAUAUAUUGUUUCCUUGUGGUUGUAAUCAUGCAAAAAUAAAUGUACUUGAUCAAUA